AGAAGAAGAAAGUACUUCCGCAAAGUCCGGCCACCGGCCACAGUUCAGCCUCUGUUAGAACAAUAAGAUGCUCAAAAUGACCAAUGUUAAAGACAAGAGAAAAGAGAAAGUUAGCGUUGCCACUGAGAUUGACCGUUUGGAGGAGCGGCGGAAACGUUGUCAGGACAACCUGGAGAAAGCCGAGUUUAGACUCAGACACGAGCAGAUCACUGAUAAAGAAUGCAAGGAACUGGAAGAAGAAAUAACCAUAGUGAAGGGAAGGCUACAGAAGCUAGACAAAGAAUUGACAACAUUAAGGAAAGAGAAUCAGAAGAACAUGCUGCUGUCAGUCGCUCUGUUCGCCGUCACUGCUUUACUUUAUUAUGCCUUCUUCCACAGUCAAGACUCCUGACAUAACACAGUGGGUUUACAGUGGAACAUUUUUGCUUGCUUUCCCUCAUUAAAAUUAAAUUCUGUCAGUCUGCCCCUGGAUGGCAGCAUUGCAUCAACAUUA